GACGUCGGCGACGAUGAAGAAAAGAAACGAGAGAAGCGGAGAUGGAUAUUCAGGAAACCCACCAGCCAAGAAGCUGCUGCACCAAUCCAACAAAAGCCCACACCUCCACCCGCCGACCAGUCGUCAGCAGCAGCAGCUGAGCAGAGGCAUGCCAUCGCGGUGGCCGUAGCAACCGCAGCAGCUGCAGAAGCCGCCGUGGCCACCGCUCAGGCUGCUGUGGAGGUCGCCAGGCUUGCUAGGCCUAACUACCACGCCAGGGAGCACUAUGCUGCCAUUGUCAUUCAAACCUCCUUUAGAGGAUAUCUGGCGAGGAGGGCAUUGAGAGCGCUGAAGGGGCUGGUGAAGUUGCAGGCACUCGUCAGGGGACACAACGUGAGGAAGCAAGCCAAGAUGACAUUGAGAUGCAUGCAAGCUCUGGUUCGAGUCCAAAGUCGAAUCCUCGAUCAAAGGAUGCGCCUUUCCCACGAAGGCAGCCGGAAAUCCACCUUCAGCGACACCACUAGCAUUAUCGAAUCAAGAUACUUGCAAGACCUCUCUGACCGGAAAUCCAUGCAGUCCAGAGAAGGAAGCAGCAGCAUUGCCGCUGACGAUUGGGAUGAGCGGCCGCACACCAUUGAAGAAGUGAAGGCAAUGCUUCAGCAGAGGAAAGAUGCUGCCUUGAAUCGCCAGAGGAACCUGUCUCAACAGGCGAAGAUAUGGAGGAAUAGUGGCAGGAGUCCAUCAGUAGGAAGCGAAGCAGAGCUCCAAGACAACAGACCACCGCAACAAUGGCUGGAUCGAUGGAUGGCAGCCAAGCCAUGGGAUAGCAGUAGAGCCAGAGCAUCAACUGACCAUAGAGAUCCAAUCAAGACCGUAGAAAUGGACACGUCAUCGCAGCCGUACACUUACCUGGCAUCAUCCAAUAACAGCAGGAGACCGUCGAACCAAACCCACCAAAGACCCAGCUCUCCGGCGCGUCACAGAUCCAAAGAAAUGCCGCCGUUUCACCAUCAGAGUCCCAUCGCGGUCACGCCUUCUCCGUCGCGGACCAGGCCGGUCCAGGUCCGGUCGGCGAGCCCCAGAUCGUCGUGCUUCAGAGAAGAUUACAGAUCGAAUUCGUCACAGACUCCCAGCCUCAGAUCCAAUUACCGCUACACCGGCAAUUUGUCGAACCAUCAACACGGAUUGACAAGGAGCUCGAAUUCCUCUGCCGCUUCCUCCGCCGUCGGCUCGCUGCCGAAUUACAUGGCGGCAACGGAAUCAGCGAGGGCAAGGAGCGCGCCGAGGCAGAGACCUUCGACGCCGGAGCGGGACGGAGGGAACAGAGGACCCGGAGCUGGCGGGUGUGCGAAGAAGCGGCUGUCGUUCCCGGUCCCGGAUCCACACUUGACUUCCGGACUGGGCCAGUACCCGUUGAGAAGCCCGAGCUUCAAGAGCGUGAGUAGCAGCGCGUAUUACGGCGGGUUGGAGCAGCAGUCGAACUACUCGUCUUGCUAUACGGAGAGCGUGAUUGGGUGCGGCGGCGGAGGUGGAGGUGGCGGUGGCGAGGUUUCCCCUUCUUCCACAGGCGAUCGCAGGCGGUGGUUAGGGUGACGUAUUAGAUCGAAGCUGGGUCGGGUCAUGGAUAACCCGUUGGUGAAUUAACACGUUAUUUUUAUUACGAUUAUUGUUUGGGAACAUCACUUGUAGUUAGCAAUUAGCAUGUAACCUUAAUGGUGUGGAUUUAAUUUUGCUAAAAUGCUGACUUCAUAAGCAUUAUUCGAUGAUUGUGC